GAGGGCUGGGGCAGAAGCGCUGGCAGCCGGGGCGUGUGUUCUGUCCCUGCAUCCAGGGCCCAGCCCCUGGCGGGAGCGCCUUGCUCAGGCUCGGUGCUUGCUGGGGCAGCGGUGCAGGCCUUGCCUCCUGCCAGCUGCCGGGGGCCCUCUCCUUCCUGCUGCCACAUCCCCGUGGCUCCUGCCCCGCACUGGCUGCCUCCAUUCCGCCCCUACUGAACCCCUUCUGUGUGUCCUCUUGCAGACCAUGGCUUUAUUGUCAUUGCUCUUCGUGCUCGUGCAAAGCCUGAUCCAGUACCCCCAGCCAGCUGGGGAUGGGCUGGAUGAGGCCACGCACCGGCGAAUGCAGGAGCGUGAGGAGCUGCUCGACCGCGAGAUGGCUCGGCUGCUGCAGGAGCUGGAGCAAGGGCCCCCGGAGCAGCAGGACGAGGGCUGGGGAGCCCUGCUCUUUGGUGCCCUGCAGCAGUGGCCAUUCUGGGCUCUUGCUGGACUCCUGCUCCUCUUGGGCCUGUGGUUUAGCCGCAGGAAAAGGAACCCUGAAGCCAACAGCAGCGGCAAGGACCAGAGCUCCUGCAAGACCCUAGGAGAUGAGAGAGGAAAAGAACAGCAAGAAGACACUAUUGAUUCAAAGGAAGAUGGAGAAAACAAUAAUAUGACUGUGGAGGCAGAUGACAGCGGUAAUGAAAAUGAAGGAGAAGGCAGUCCUGUGGCUGCAAAUGAAGGAGAGGAAGAUGAUGCCAGUGAAGGAAAUGAAGAUGUGAAGGUGAAGGAAGACCAAAACGUGAAGAAUGAAGAUGCCUGCGACUUAAAGAAAGAUGAAGGACGGAGUGAUGGGAAUGUGCCAGGAGGCAACACUGCUGAAGGAAAUGAAGAAGAACCUGGCAAUGUUGCUCGACAUAAAGAAGGCCACGCUGAAGCAAAUGAAGGAGAAAACAAGGAUGUGCAGGUGGAACAAGACCAUGAUGCUGAAAAGAAAGGAGGAGAUGGAAAUGAAGAAAAAAACAAUGAUGCAAAUACGAAGGCAGGCAACAAUGAUGAUGUAGAAGAAGGUCAAUACGAGGGAGAUGGAAAGGGAGAAAACGCGGAUCUGAAGGUGGAGGAAAGCAGUGAUGCCAGUGAACAGAGAAGCAGUGAUUGGACAGGACAGGAAGACAACAGUGAUGGUGGGAAUGCAGUAGACCACUGUGGUUUUGCUGCAACUGAGGAAGAAAAGAAUGACGUCGGAAAUGAAGAAAGCAAUGUUGGAGACAAAGAUGAGAAAGGCAGUGCUGCCGAUAUGCAGGGAGAAAAGAAUGAAGAUGGAAAUGGAGAGGAGCACGGCAAUGUUGCUUCAACUGAAGAAGAAGGCAGUGGUGCUCGCAAGGACAAAGGCAGCCGUGGUGGAACUGAAGAGGAAGAAGACGCCCGUGACGUUGGGAAUAAGCGAGGGAUCCUUUUAGUGGAUCGCAUACAGUGUCCUGUCGAGGACGUGGAGAGAGGUCGCUCAGUGACAGCUGAGCUGAUGGAGAGCUUCACGCGUGUCUUUAUUGACAGCGUGAGCAAUAGUUUCUACCCGGUGCCUCAAGAAGCCAUCGGGGUGGGCAGUACCUUUGAGGGUUGGAGUCCCCAUGAGCAGGACGUGGUGUACCGCGUGCUGGUCCCACUGAAUCCCCCGCCGGGACACGCCUUCCACCUGGAGCUGAACAGUGCAGGGCAGAUGGCAGCAAGGACCUUCUGCGUCCGUGUGGAGCUGGUGUGCACGUGCGAGAGGGAGCAGCUGGGCGAGAAGCUGUUGUGCUUCCUGCACCACUCGCAGGAGGAGCUGCGGCGGAAGCAGAAGCCCAGCCUCCUAGAGACACUCUGCACCGGCUCCUACCUGGACGUGGAGAAAACCUCCCACUGGUUCUACCAGCUGGUGAGAUGCUCGUGGCUGCAUUUGCCUCAGUCGUACUCAUGGCACUUGGUGUUUCAGCCCUGCAGCCGGUCCUGCCAAUUCCGGCUGAGCAAAGGCAAGAAGAGCCUGAUGGUGGAGAUGCUGUUUGGGGUGCGCCACGGGGACUCCGACAUCUUUGUGGUCAGCCAGCCCACAGAGGCCCAGAAAGGCGGCUCCAGCAUCUUUGUGAGCAGCCAGCCCGCCGAGGCCGACUCCAUCGCAAGCACAGCGUGGCCUGAGACGUACGCUGUGGCAGAGGCAAAAUUCUUCCAGCACAUCGCCAGGCAGGUGCCGUGUGAGAGCUUGCACCUGAAAUGCCUGCAGCUCUUCACCUGCAUCCUGAGGGGCACAGGUUUUUCCAGCUCGACCUGGAAGACUGUGGUCAUGCACGUGCUGACCACCGUACCGCUGUGCCAGUGGCGCAGGAGGGAAUUUGCGCGGCGGCUGUGGGACAUCAUGGCAUACCUGCACCGCUGCCUGCAGUUGAAACGCCUGGAGCACUUUGUCCUGGGCAACCAGAGCCUUCCUGCAGAGAUCAGCUUGCCGCCGGCAAUGCGAACGGUCGAGCCGCUCAACCUCUUUGAGCACCUGGCCCGAGAUCCGGCCGCCCACGCAGAGGCGAUGAGAGCUUACGGUCAGCUGCGAUUCCGCCUCUGGAUGCUGCUCUCCACCCACUGAGAGGAAUUCCCUGCACAGAGCUGUGCUGGCGGGGCUCACACCCGAUGGCAGCCACGUGAGCACUGCAUAAUUCUUGCUUUUUUCACUGGCAAUCCUGAAGCUCAAUGGAUGGAAGAUGCUGCGGCACACGGAUUCACUGUGCAGACACACAUCUCUGCGUUGCCUUGCCCUUCACCUUCCACUCAUGAUGGUGCUGUUGCAAUAUUGCCCAAAGUCUGUAAGGCAGAAACUGGCUCCACCUGCACAUCCUCAUGGAAGACAGUGAUGCUGAGAGGUUGCCUGGCACACCUGGACGACCAAAACCAAGCCUGUUAGACAAUUAACGUAGUUUUUUCAGUGACCUGUAUGUACUUUUUAAUGGUUUUGUAAAGAUGUAGCUCAUCUCAGUCUGUAGAAGUGAAGAUAAUAGUUUUAACUCACUUUACCAUAGGAGAAUAGGUAGUCCAAGUUUUCAUAGUAGGAACUAGUUUCUUCAUCAUCGCGUCAAGACGUCCUUUAGGAUUGUUAGUGUGAGAUUAUUUCCCAGUUACCCUUAGUUUAGGCAAUUGAGCUACCCUGGUGUAGUUGCCCUUCAGUAGUAUCUACAUAUAUAUGUUUGAAGAAAUAAUAAAAGGA